UCAGAUGUCCCAGUAGCCGCGGCUCUGGCGCUCCGCACCCUCCGUCUGCGGCAGCGGGGGCUGGCGACCCCGGCCCCUGCCCGGGCCCCUCCCCCAACCCCAUGCCUCAGCCCUAACCCGGCCGCCCUCCCCUGCGGGGGGCAUUUCCCCGUGCCCCCUGCCCGCCCCGUCCAAGUACGGAGCCAUGAACGACCAGUACCACCGGGCGGCUCGGGAUGGCUACCUGGAGCUCCUCAAGGAGGCCACCCGGAAGGAGCUGAAUGCCCCCGACGAGGAUGGCAUGACUCCCACCCUCUGGGCUGCCUACCAUGGCAACCUGGAGUCGCUGCGCCUCAUCGUGAGUCGCGGGGGUGACCCGGACAAGUGUGACAUCUGGGGCAACACACCCCUGCACCUGGCAGCUGCCAAUGGCCACCUGCACUGCCUGUCCUUCCUGGUGUCCUUCGGGGCCAACAUCUGGUGCCUGGACAACGACUACCACACGCCGCUGGACAUGGCCGCCAUGAAGGGCCACAUGGAGUGCGUGCGCUACCUGGACUCCAUCGCGGCCAAGCAGAGCAGCCUCAACCCCAAGCUGGUGGGCAAGCUGAAGGACAAGGCCUUCCGCGAGGCCGAGCGGCGCAUCCGCGAGUGCGCCAAGAUGCAGCGCAAGCACCACGAGCGCAUGGAGCGGCGCUACCGGCGCGAGCUGGCCGAGCGCUCCGACACGCUCAGCUUCUCCAGCCUCACGUCCAGCACCCUGAGCCGCCGGCUGCAGCACCUGGCGCUGGGCAGCCCGCUGCCCUACUCGCAGGCCACGCUGCACGGCACCGCCAGGGGCAAGACCAAGAUCCAGAAGAAGCUGGAGCGGCGCAAGCAGGGCGGCGACGGCACGUUCAAGGUCUCCGAGGACGGCCGCAAGAGCGUCCGCUCGCUCUCGGGCCUGCAGCUGGGCAGCGACGUGAUGUUCGUGCGCCAGGGCACCUACGCCAACCCCAAGGAGUGGGGCCGUGCCCCGCUCCGGGACAUGUUCCUCUCGGAUGAGGACAGCGUCUCCCGUGCCACGCUGGCGGCCGAGCCUGCCCACUCGGAGGUCAGCACCGACUCAGGCCACGACUCCUUGUUUACCCGCCCCGGCCUGGGCACCAUGGUGUUCCGCAGGAACUACUUGGGCAGCGGGCUGCAUGGGCUGAGUCGCGAGGACGGGGGGCUGGAUGGGACGGGCACGCCGCGGGGUCGGCUGCAGAGCCCCCCUAGCCUGGACGACGACAGCUUGGGCAGUGCCAACAGCCUGCAGGACCGCAGCUGCGGGGAGGAGCUGCCCUGGGACGAGCUGGACUUGGGCCUGGACGAGGAUCUGGAGCCCGAGACCAGCCCGCUGGAGACCUUCCUGGCCUCUCUGCACAUGGAGGACUUUGCCGCCCUCCUGCGGCAGGAGAAGAUCGACCUGGAGGCGCUGAUGCUGUGCUCUGACCUCGACCUCCGCAGCAUCAGCGUCCCCCUGGGGCCCCGCAAGAAGAUCUUGGGGGCCGUGCGGAGGCGAAGGCAGGCGCUGGAGCGGCCGCCCGCCCUGGCGGACACAGAGUUAUAACCGGGAGUUCCUCUCCCCAGACCAAAAUGAAUUGCAAGUUGCCACAACCCGCGGUGGGGCCAUGAGGUCCUCACCUCACAGUCGCCAGCCCUGCAGCCCCCGCCCCCAGGAGCAAGGACCAUAUGGGUGGCCUCCUUCGAAAGCCUGUUCACACCCCGAAGCAGAGGGUGUGGCCUGGAGGCACCCAGAGCGGCAAGAGAAUGGCCCAGAACAACAGUUCUGAGGGGACCCAGAGCCCCUGAGCCACCUCCAUCAGAGUGGCCCUAAAGGACAUGCAGAUUUGUGGAAGGCCAGUCCUGGAGGGAGGGCAGGGGCAGCGGAGCUGGAUGGGAUUGUGUGUAUGGGGGGAGGUGCAUGGCCUGUCCUAGGAGCCAUUGUCUCUCCCACCCCUCUUCUGAGGGUUCUGUUCUCUCUCGUGCUCA